UUUCCCCGAAAACUACAUUUUCUUAUCAAAUAAAUAAAUAAAACGGAGAACAAAUGCAACGUUAUCCUGUUACUGAAUCACAACGCACCCGCUGACUGAAAGAGAAAGCUUGCGCAACUUCUUUUCUAAAAAUCUCCUAACAUCGAAUUUCUGCUCGUAAUUUUUCGCUUUCCAGUUUCUUAAUGGCAAAUUCUACUUCUUUUGCAUUGAUAAACACUCUCAACUCUAUCUCUUCUUCUUCUUCUUCUUCUUUGGUCCCUUUCAAAAUUCAUCACCACCGCUUGAUUAGUGCUCAAAACAACUCAAAUAGAGGGUUGGCGAUUCAUUGCUGCUAUCCAACGGGUCCUACCUCAGACCCUAUGAGUGUCAGCAGGCAGCCCCAAAUGCCGUCUAUGGCUAACUAUGGAGUGAAUGAAAAUGGCUCUUCCAGACAAUCUUAUAAAUGGCAAAGAGUGUUGCUUAAAGUAAGUGGAGAAGCACUUGCAGGAGAUCACAAGCAAAAUAUUGACCCCAAGAUUACAAUGGCCAUUGCAAGGGAAGUUGCAUCUGUUACACGCUUGGGCAUUGAGGUCGCAAUUGUGGUUGGUGGGGGGAAUAUUUUCCGUGGAUCCUCUUGGGCAGGAAGUAGUGGCCUUGAUCGUUCAUCUGCCGACUACAUUGGGAUGCUGGCAACAGUUAUGAAUGCUAUAUUUCUUCAAGCUACAAUGGAGAGUAUUGGCAUUCCAACUAGGGUUCAGACUGCAUUUCGCAUGUCAGAGGUUGCAGAACCAUAUAUACGCAGACGAGCUGUCAGGCAUUUGGAGAAAGGAAGAGUUGUGAUUUUUGCUGCUGGAACCGGAAAUCCAUUCUUCACCACAGAUACAGCUGCAGCCCUGCGUUGUGCCGAAAUCAAUGCAGAGGUUGUGUUGAAAGCGACAAAUGUUGAUGGGGUCUAUGAUGAUGAUCCUAGGCGUAAUCCAAAUGCUCGUCUUCUUGAAACUCUAACUUACCAAGAGGUCACUUCAAAAGAUCUUUCAGUGAUGGACAUGACAGCCGUUACUUUGUGCCAAGAGAAUAAUAUUCCUGUUGUGGUGUUCAAUCUAUCGAAGCCUGGUAACAUCUCCAAAGCAAUAAAGGGAGAAAGGGUUGGGACACUGAUAGGAGGGACAUGGAACUCAACAGUCGCAAGGACAUGAUACUUAUCACUGCCUUUUUCUUGGUGGCUUCUCGUAGAACAUCAAAUUUUAGGGUUAUCUGUAAUUGAGUUUAAA